UCCAAAAUGUUUUCAAUCCAUUCGUUGCUUAAAACCAGAAAAUUAAACUGUUUUGUUGUUUUCUGCCUCUUUACAGGUUUGUUUCUAAAUUACAUGAAUUUUCCGAAUAGCAUAUCAUGGAAAAUGACCAGUUAUCCAAAUCUUUCAAUACAGCAAAAGAUCACUAUACUCAAAACUGGGAAACUGGUCGGAAAAACGUGCUCCAAGAACUGAAGGAAAUCAGAGAUAAAGUUCAAGAACAAGCAAGGAUUCUUUCCAUUGGAUCCAUCACGUACUCCAGUAUCAGGGUUGUAGGUGGAGGCCUCACCAUUGCAGGAAUAAUCGCAGCUCCGCUUACCUUUGGUAUUUCUCUUGGUCUGACCGUGGCUGGCAUUGCAACAGGCGUGACUUCUGCUGUCGCAGGCGUCACACAUGGGGCUGUUAAAUUUGGGAUAGUUAAACAACUGUGCGAGGACGCUAAAAUAAGUUUGGAACAGCACGAGGAAUCCUGUGACAAUAUGAAAAAUAUGUUAAAAAUGCUUCAAAAAGAGGUCGAAGAAGAUAAUAAAGAAAGCGAGAACGUUGCAAGUGUAAUCAAAUUAGGGACAGCAUUAGCUAAAAUCAUUCAGUCUGAAGCUAAAGGUGUCUCCAAAGGGGCUUUCAAAUUUUCUACAGAGGCUUUGAGCGUCGCUGUGGCCAUCAGAAUAGUUGUAGAUCUUCGAUCAUUGGUUUGGAACUCAGUUGACUUGUCCAAUUUCAAUGAAGGAAAACUGUGCCCAGAGGCACAAAAACUUCAGGAUGUCAUCGAUCAAAUAGAACGCGAAUAUAAUGACGUAGCCGAAUUAUUCAAAUAACGUUAACGGUUAAAGUGUUUCUAAAUACGAUGAUACUAGUGUCUUGUUGUAAAUUUUGAAUUUACUGGGUUGGUAUAUAUACAAAAUUUACAACAUGACAACUGUAUAUUUUGUAUUUACACCCAACCAGUAAAUUCAAAAUUUACAACAUGACACUAGUAGUCACACACUUCCCACUUCGUUGUCCAGACGCAUCGAUUGUAUAAUGCUGAUGAUUAUUGUCUGUCUUGGAUGAAGCUGUCCCGGUAUGACAUUAUAAUAAAUGUUAAUGUAAUUCAAUUAUAUGUUUUAAUAUGGAAUACGCAAUAAUAAUGGAUUAAUCAAAGUGUUUGUAAAUUACACAAAUAAAGUGA